UGCAAGUGUGGCUAGCAUUGUAGGAACACUCGGAAUAGUAUUAAACAAAAUCAUCGCGUUCUUUCUUUGGCAUUUGCGUACAGCGAGCAUUGCGAGGUGCGACUGUGCGAUUACCUAUAUAACUUAUUAGUUAUUAGUUAUUUACUUAGUGACUAGUUUGACUUCUGUUCUUCACUAUUAUUGUAUGUUGUACACUUGUACAUUAAUAAUAAUAAUAAUGGAAUCUUCUCAACAACCGAUGAAAAAAAUUAGAUUGUCCGGUGGAGCAAGAAAAAUGUUGAAACAGAAAGAAAAAUCUAUUAAAGGGAAUAGAAGUAUUUUGUCAUUUAUUCAAUCUCCAGUUUCUGAAACUGUUAUUUCAAACUCGAAAUCUGUAGAAUUCGAAGAUAGUUCUUACCAACUUGAGUCAACGUCAACCCAAGGAUUAGAUUUUUCAACUGAAUAUCCUACUGACCGUGGACAUUUUGAAGAUAUUAUAAGCAGUGAUAUGAAAUACAGUAUAGUGAGUUAUGGUCCAUGCAGACCUAUUAUUAACUUUCCUUACUCACCAGAUGGUAGUGGAGUUUUAAGAAAAUUUUCAGCCAGUUAUUACAAUAUGACAACAAAAUCAGGUUUACAAAUUCCUCGAUUAUGGCUUUGUUAUUCUAUUUUAUUAAACCGUGUGUAUUGUGAGACGUGUUGGUUGUUUGCAAACAGAAACCAAAAAGGAUUCAAAAACAAUUGGAUUGUAGGGAUAAAUGACUGGCAUCACAUGAAUGACAAAAUUAAUGAUCAUGAAAAAUCCCAAACACAUAUUUAUGCCAGUAGUGUUCGACUUCAUUGGUCAGAGAAUAAAACUAUAAAUAGACAUACGGAAGAACAAAUUUCCAAAGAAGCAGAUUUUUGGAAAAAUGUACUAACCCGAAUAAUCAAAAUAAUUUUGUACUUGACUGAAGGUAAUACAGCACUCAGGGGAAACGAAGGUAGUGGAAAAAAUAAAUCCUAUAGUGAAGGUAAUUUUAUAAGAACUGUCAAACUGAUGUCUGAAUUUGAUCCAAUUUUAUAUGAAUUUAUUUUGGAAUCUUAUGAUCUAAACGUGAAAAACUGUCGUGGACAAGGAUACGAUGGUGCAUCUGUUAUGAGUGGCAGUAAUAGUGGAGUCCAAAAACGUAUCAUGUCAGUGGCACCAAAUGCACCAUUUGUUCAUUGCUGCGCACAUAAUUUGAAUUUGGUGAUUUCUGAUGCAGCCAAAAGCACUCAAGUAGCAAAUCAUUUCUUUGCCACUGUUCAAGCUAUUUUUAACUUUUUUAGUUCUAGCGCUCCUCGUAAGAAGUCUGACGAACGAAGUGAAGCUCAAUCUUUACAAAAAAAAAUGGAAUCUUUUCAAUUUGUGUUGAUGUUGAGUGUUUGGGAAAACAUAUUACGACCACUUCAUGGUGUUUCAAAAAUGUUACAACGAGAUAUGAAUCUACAAAAUGCACGAGACAGAUUAAAAGAUGUUUAUUAUUUAAUAAAUGAAUUGAGAAAUAAUUAUGAAGUUAUAGUAAAUAAUGCCAAGUCAUUGUGUUUGAGAUGGAGCUUACCUGUUACAUAUACUGAACCUCGUCAGAUAUAUGCAAAAAAAACAUUUUGA